AUGGAACACAACGAGACCACGAAUCGCGCUACGUCUAUCGCAUCUACGCCGACCGCUACUACGCCGGAGCUUCCCUCAACGCCUAAACCUAGCAAACAGGAUGCGUUGAAACCGGAAGUGCAGCCGCCGUUGCCUACAUAUCCGCCGCCGCCCGACAAGCCACCUAACAUGUGUUUGACUUUGAAAGAACAAAGGCGCCAAUGCAACAUCUCGCAUCUAGUCGGCAUUUACACGUUUUGCUGGAACUUUCAGAAUUCCGUUUGCACGCACCCAAACUGCAAAUACGUUCACGCGACGGUGUUUGAAGAGCAACGUUUUUAUAGAACCGGUGAAUUGCCUCCCCACGUGUUGGCGUAUCAUAAAAAUGUCAAAAUAUGGCCACCGCCUCCGCCACCUCCCGAAGAAGCGCCGUCAGAUAUACAAACAAUGUUUAAUAACCCGCCUCCGCCUCUUCCUGUCAGCGUCGAAAAGCAGACACCAGUCAUUUGUUGUCAAGCCGCCCGCAAAAUGGAUUUUGCUGCUAUGUCCGCCGCCGGCACUAAUACGCCAUCCUUGAAGCGAGAGUGGGCCAACAUUAAGAAUUGUAGGUCUCUAAAACCGAAAAUUGAACGACAAAUUAACUUGCAAUUUUCGCCACAGGUCGGACCCAUCAUUUUUGCAGCAGACAGCAGUUCGCCGGAAGACCAGGGCUUCGACCCAGAUCGCUUGCCAAAAAGAUGCAAGAAUUGUGAUUUAAGAAAGAAGAUAAUGAAAGAAAAAUUUAAGAAGAUGGAGUUACGCCAAAAGAUAGAAAAAACGCGCAACAAGGUGGUGAUAAUUAAGAUUAUGAUUCUGCUUGCAUUACUUUGCAAGAAAAGCAGUUCUAGCAAG